GUGUUAAGAAAAUCUUUCAUGACCUCUAACUGAAACGAGAACAUUGAUUGGACUUACUAGUGUGAGAGCUUGUUUGUUCAAGUCAAUUCAAUCGAUACUGGAUCUUGCAAAAAUUUGAAAUACGUCAUUAGAUUUCACUUAGAUCUUGUGAUGACAGCCUCUUCACAAAACUCAUGCUUAAAUAAUUUCGAUAUUCGGAAAGCGAGCGUGGAUUCUUCUAAAGAAGGUCCAAGUAGUUUCUCUCAACAACCAGCUUUCAAUGCAUAUCCCCUCGAAUCUUCACCUAAUUUGCUUAUUCCUACAAAGGAUGUGAUAUAUAUGCCAUUAAAUCCCACAAAUGUGCCCUUAUCGCUACAGCGUGCAUGUGCCUCUAAUGAGACUAUAGGCGAUGAUACACAAAGUUAUGGCCAUCCAAUAUGUCAUGGCUUCAUUUUUCCAAACUCAGAAGUAGGUUCAAAUGAUCUUGAAUUAAACCAGAUAAACAUUCCGAGUAUGAAGAACCAUAUCAACGAUGUUUCUUACAAUAUACCGAGCCAGAGUUCGAGUAAUGUGGACACAAAUGCUCAAAAACACCUUCAACUCCUGUUGCUGCAAAAGUUAAUUGAGUUGCAACUCGCUGAACAUUAUAACUCACUUAAAGAUACACUUAUAUUAACUAAAGACUCCAAUAAUGAGCCUCAAAACCCUAAACUCCUGCCCUGUUUUGUUAAAAACUCUGACUUUUAUGCAAGCUCCAACCCAGUUUCAACUGUAAGUAACGAGAAUUCAGACAUGUCGACAUUUUUGGUCCCUGUUAAAGCCAAGUUUGAGGGCGAAAGUGGUUUGUCUUUACACAUAACUCCAAGGGACGACAUCAGUCAACCAACCCAAGCAAGUCCAGUUACCGUCGCAUGCCCGAGUCAACCCAUCGUCUUAUAUCCAUUUUCUGUUCAACAAGAUAAUUCUACGGAAGAUACAUCCCCAGCCAGUCAAGCUGUCCCUGAUGCGUCCUCAGGUGGACCAACUGCCCAAACAUUUACUAUGAAAGACAUAGAUCACUGUAUACGGAGGGGUUCACUGGAUUUCACUUCUGAGCCAAGCAACGACAUAGUUGAGAGUAUACGAGGUCGUACGAGACCAGGGUUUGUGUUGUUAAGCGUUCGUCAUGAAAGAAUCAACGCAGAAAAUAAGGUUUCACCAACUUCUGAGGAACAUUUCCAAGAAAGUCAUCCUCCUAUUUCGACAUCAGCUAGUCUUGAACCAAAAAAGACAAAAAGUAUCACCAUUUCUAAAAAGCUACCUAGAAAGAGAUUAAAACAUAUGAAAAGCGACGCGGAACUCAAAAAGCGAUCCUUAAGAGGUUCGUCUAAAUCUCUUCUGAAGCGCUCUGAAAACGCCGAAAUGUCUCCGUCUCCAGUAGAACUUACGGAAGAUGAUCUUAAAGCUUUAUCCCCACAGUCAAGAUUUCGAGUGACCAGGUUUGCAGAUAAAAAGCAAGCCUGGAUAGCUCCUGCAAAGGCAGGAUUCACCGUUCAUGACUUAUGGACAACUAAACUUCCGGAAUAUGUGUUGAGAUGUGCCGAACAUCUGAAAGUAUCAGGUUCUGGUUUAAAUUUACAACAAGAAAAAUUUGGUGAAAUUCCAUAUUCCUUGGACGAUAUUAUAAACGGACAUUGUUUGGCCUGCGAAAAGUCACCUCCUCAACAAUGCAGUUACUGUAUGGAACAGAAAUUCGCUCAAUAGAAUCAACUUACCAAGUUUGUUUGUUUUUUUUUAAAUAAAAAAAAUAAGUUGAAUAAUUUAAAAAGCUAUAAAUAAUUAAUUAUUUGUUUUAUAAUUUCAAUAAUUUUUAAAAUAGUAUUCCUUAACUAUUUCAUUACUCUGCUACCCUGCUCAAAUGCUAUAAUCCUAUGAUGUUCAGUCAAUGAAGAUGUUUUAGAAAGGGUAUUUUGUAUGUGUGUGUGUGGAUGUGUGUGUGUUUGUUUACUUAUUUCUAUACAAACUUAUUAAGCUCAACGAGAGUAAAACACUCAACUAUCCAAUAAGAAAUAAACAAAUAAAUUCAUAUAUACACAUAUUUUAUAAUGAUGAUUAUUACUAAUGUAUAUUUUCUUUUAAUUAUUUUUUAUUAGUAAUAUUUACUUAUUAAGUCUUUCAAUAGUCUGUUUAUUUCUUUGUUCAUGUAAACAAUCCUUUUUUUCAAGUUACAUGAUUGUAAAAGUUUUAAAUGCUGAUUUUUAUUUAACGAACGUGUUUAAGUCACUUUGAUUAAAAAGAAAUAACAAAAAAAAUCAUAGUUUUUUUUCUUAUUAUUGAAGGUUUGUGGAGGUGGUGGGGUGAUUUUCAGAUUACAGUUUACGCGACGAAUUGGCUUUAAUUAAGCUACUAAAAACACCUACUAACCAAGAAGUUACUUUGAGAAGCGGUCACCAAGUCUUAUGGUGUAGCUUCAACUGAAGGAGAUUAAUGAGGUUGAAUAUGCCAAAUCCAUCACCGAUGAUAAAUAAUGAUGAUUAUGCAACAUUUUUAGUUGAUCAUUGUUGGACAAUUUUACUAUUACUUCAUAGUGCUAUUUAAUUUCUUAUAGUACAUUUGAGUUAUGGUUACUGGUUGAAUCGAGGAUGCUUGUUUCGUACUAUUUAAAACUCAUCAGAAUCACAUUGCUGAUGUUCACUCCCAAACUUGAAUCUAGCAUCGAUUAUAAAAAACUUCAGAGUCAACAAACGAGUUACUAGGUCCUUUAACUUGUUCAUUACAUACAAAGUUAUAUGUGAAGGUUUAUAUUUUUACAUAGUUGAUAUUAGAGACUGCUAUUUGUCAAUGUUAAAAGUUAGCAAAAUAGUGCUAUCUACAAAUGCCUUGAUUCAUGAACACAUUCAUUGAACACACUAAGCCUAUUU